AUGGAUCUGGAUGGCAACACCACACCACCUCCACUUCCUUCGGUGAUUAUGAACGAAGCAGUCCAUGUUUUCCAUUCGCAACAUGGCUGGUUCAUCGCCACCAAGCAAACGCUUACUAUGGAGGAAAUCCGAAGUCCAUCUGAGUUUCCCUGCAAGAAGGAGGACUUUCUUGAUGCCGCGGCUGUCUGCCAGCAAGUCGCGCCAGAAGCCGCACUUGCGUACACAUCGGUCAUCAAUGCACAAGGCUUGAAUGCGCAAUUUAGUUCCCAGUGUGAAGCUCGUGAUGUGGUGAUCAGCGAUCAUCUAGCAUGGCGAAAACAGGAAUGGCUGGGAUUUGGGAGGAAGCUGGAUCAUGCCAAUGGGGAGCAAUUGACCAAGGACUGGAUAGACUAUUUGGAUGCCAUGAAAGAUCGCAUGAGAUAUAUCAUUCAGGAGCACCCCAAUUGCUGGAGACAAGUUCUGCCAACCAGCAUUCUUGCGAUUGCGGACUGCGUUGGAAGAAUUCGCAGCAUCUCACACCCAUUCCCGGGCACAGGGGAGCUCGAGUCCCCGAACGGGCAGUUCUCCGUGGCGCAGUUGACCUGUGUCCGAGAUCGGUACACGCAGGAAUUGGAGGAGCUUGACAAAGCCAUCGCGGAUCUCAGUGAUCGAUGGACAACCGUGCCCGGGCCCACUCUGUCCAAGUUUCUACUUCAUAUCGUUGUGCUUCUCAUGGCAUCCGAAUAUGAAGUGAUCAGGGCGAUGCCGAAUUAUCAAAGUGCCAUUUCCUGGACAGAGGUGGAGUGGCAGCGUCAAAUUCAGCGGUCGCGAGAUCUGUCCGACGAUGAUUACCUCGCCCUCGCCGACGUACUGGCUGAGUAUCGCGUGUUCCCAGAUGAUACUGGAUUAGCGGCCGGAAAGCUGAAAGAGCAGCAUGAGGCUUUGAUGGCGGGGCUGGCAGCAAUGGUCCUUGAAUUCACGUGGGGGAGUGUGCGACCUCUGGGUGUGAGAUAUACCGCCUCCAUGAACAUCAUGAUUCUCUGUGCAUGUCUGGGCAUACUCCCCGCGUGUCCAGGCGACAAGAUUCAUUCCCGGGUCGACAUUGACUAUCUCGCGUCCCAGCUUAGCAGGUCGCCACUCCACGAUAGGAUCAAUUGCUCCGAAGUGAUAGGUGAGCAUAAUCGCCUCAUUCACUUCCUUACGCCUCAGGGGUCAUUGAUGGUGGAAAGGAACCUGGCGGCUCCCGGGAACAGCGGGGGAACAGCGGCGACCCAGCUCACCAAACGGCCGAGCCAUGGUGAUAUCCGUGACGAUGGAAAACGGCCAAAAUUUGACGGUGCCGAAAGCGACUAG